AUGAAAGACUCUUUGGAAAAGAAGUAUUUGGUGGCAAGACCAGUUUAUUCAGAGGACUCCUUCACUGCUGAUCAUGAGUUAGUGGAAAGACAUCACACCACCACAUUGGAUCUUCUAAAAAGGACCUGUAGUUGUUCCUCAAAGAAAGCAAAAGAAAUUGCGCUAUCUUUUAUCCCUAUUGUUUCAUGGCUUCCUAACUACCAAUUUAAGGAAUGGAUUCUCAGUGAUAUAAUUUCUGGAGUUACUACAGGGCUUGUUGCUGUGCUGCAAGGUCUGGCUUAUGCUCUCCUUGCCAAUGUGUCUCCUGGCUAUGGGUUAUAUACUUCCUUCUUCCCAGUUGUGGUCUAUUUUUUCUUAGGGACUUCCAAACAUAUUUCAGCUGGUCCUUUCCCUGUUGUAAGCCUAAUGGUGGGCUCAGUGGUAGCUAAUCUUGUUCCUGAUACUGCAAGUAGUGGAAAUUCUACUGUUACUAAUUCUACUAAUGAAGAUUUGAUAAAUGAUCAACGUAUAAUUGUGGCAGCAUCCCUGACUUUUUUAGUUGGAAUUAUUCAGUUGGCUUUGGGACUUCUUCGAGUUGGAUUUAUUGUUAUCUAUUUAUCAGAGCCCUUGAUAAAUGGCUUCACAACUGCUGCUGCAAUUGAAGUUGUUAUAUCACAACUGAAAUACAUUUUUGGUCUUAAAGUCAGUUCCUAUAGUGGGCCACUUGCAAAUUUUUAUGUACUGGAGAGUAUAUUUACUCAGAUAACGAAAACCAUUGUUGCUGAUCUUAUUAUAGCAAUUAUUGUAAUGAUCUGUGUGUAUAUUGUGAAAGAACUUAACAACCGCUAUAAGUCAAAGCUGCCAGUGCCGAUUCCUAUAGAAAUCAUAAUGACAAUAAUUGCUGCAGGAGUGUCCUACGCAUUUAAUUUCAAAGACAAAUAUAACGUAAAUAUUGUAGGAACUAUACAAAGAGGAUACCAGGCUCCUGUUGCACCAAGCAUAUCUGUUUUUCAAGCUUGCAUUGCUAAUUCUUUCUCCAUUGCAAUUGUUGGAUUUGCUGUUGCCUUUUCGGUUGCUAAGGUCUAUGCCAUCAAGCAUAAUUACACUAUCAACGGGAACCAGGAGUUAAUAGCAUUUGGAGUGAGUAAUAUCCUGUGUGGGUCAUUUAAAGGAUUUGCUGCAAGCACAUCUCUAUCAAGGUCAUCUGUACAAGAAAGCACCGGUGGCAAAACCCAGGUUGCUGGAAUAAUAUCUGGUUUGCUUGUUUUGAUUGUAAUAUUGGCUGUUGGAUACCUCCUAGAACCACUACCAAAGUCCGUUCUGGCGGCGAUAAUAUGCGUGAAUUUAAAAGGAAUGCUAAUGAAGUUCAAUGAAAUUCCAGUGUUAUUCAAGAGAGAUAAGUAUGAUUGUCUUGUGUGGGUCUUGACGUUCAUCGCUUCUGUUGUUCUUGGCCUGGAUCUUGGGCUUGCUGUUGGUGUAGGAAUUGAACUUCUGACAGUCGUGUUUCGUGUUCAGUUCCCCAAGUUUGUAGUGAUAGCUAAUAUUGAACAAACUGACAUCUACAGAAAUAGGAAGGACUACAAUGAUAUCUGUGAGCCAAAAGGACUGAAGAUUUUCAGAUGUCCAUCUCCAAUAUUUUUUGCCAAUAGUGCAUUCUUCAAAGAUAAACUCAUCGCAGCUGUGGGUUUUAAUCCACUGUGGGUGCUGAGGAAGAGGAAUAAGGCCCUGAGAAAAAUAAAAAAAUUAGUGAAGAAGGGGGAGUUACAUGUGACAGCAAGAGGUGUUGUAUGUACAUCAUAUGAUUAUAGAGAGUCAGAUGAUGAAGAUGAACUGGACAACAAUAGGAUCGAAGAGCUGGACCAGCCAAUAAACACUGCAGAUCUUCCCAUUGUCAUUGACUGGAAUGCAGAUCUUCCAAAUAAUAUCCAAGUUCCCAGAGUAGAGCUUCAUAGUUUAAUUCUUGACUUUGGGGCAGUCUCGUUCAUUGAUAUUACAGGCAUGAAAGCACUGAAAGGAAUUUUAAAAGAAUUUAUGAAGGUUGAUGUAGACACAUACAUUGUUGCUGCAGACAGUUCUGUGGUGGAGAAGUUAAAGAAAAGUUCAUUUUUUGAUGAUGAUAUUCAAACAUCAAUGUUUUUUCUCACUGUCCAUGAUGCUGUUCUACACGUGCUGGAGAAAAAAGGCAUGGAGCAUGCUUUAAAAAGUGGGAUACACAAGGAAACAGACAAUCUUUUCUUUAUUAAUGGAGGUGUUGGACAAAACAUUUACAGUGGAUUGAGUGUGGGAAAUGAAACAAAAUUCUAG